AUGAGUUUUAGAGGUGGUAAUAGAGGUUCCCGUGGUGGAUUCCGUGGUAAUUCCCGUGGUGGAUUUGGUGGUAGAGCUGCACCACAAGGUCCUCCAGAUUCAGUUCUUGAAAUGGGUGCUUUUUUGCAUCCAUGCGAAGGAGACAUUGUGUGUCGUUCCAUUAACACUAAGAUUCCAUACUUCAACGCUCCAAUCUAUUUGGAAAACAAGACACAAGUUGGUAAAGUUGAUGAAAUUUUAGGUCCAUUAAACGAAGUGUUCUUCACAGUGAAAUGUUCCGAUGGUGUAAAGGCUGAAAGUUUCAGCGAAGGUGACAAGUUCUACAUUGCUCCUGAUAAGUUACUACCUAUAGAGAGAUUCUUGCCUAAGCCAAAGGUUGCUGGCCCACCAAAACCAAAGAGAAAGAGAUCUGGUGCCCCAGGUGGUCGUGGUGGAUUCGGUGGUGGCCGUGGUGGUGCAAGAGGCGGUUCUAGAGGUGGAUUCGGAGGUGGUCGUGGUGGCUCUCGUGGUGGAUUCGGUGGCUCUCGUGGUGGAUUCAGCGGUGGUCGUGGUGGAUUCAGCGGUGGCUCUCGUGGUGGUUCUAGAGGUGGAUCCAGAGGUGGAUUCGGUGGUUCUCGUGGCGGUUCCCGUGGUGGGUUCGGUGGUGGACGUAGAUUCUAA